CAAUGAGUUUAAAAUAUUUAUACCAUUGAAAGCCUGUAUUAAUUAUCAUUUCAUUGCUGCUAAAAAUGAAUAAAAGAUCCGUACAAACGACCUACAUUACAAGAAAAAAUCGUUGCGAAUAAAUUUUAUUUGUGAUUUAAAUCUACUUUCAUUGUCACGACAAUUAAAAACUUCUCAACAAAUACGAAGAGCGAAAGCAGGAAACCGGAAAUAUCGAAUAAUGGAAAUGAAUUAAGUGCGAAACAAAUAAAAUAAAUAACCGGAGACAAACACAAUUCCGCAGAGCGUGGUUAAAGAAUAAAAAAAAGUGUUGAUAAAGGCGCUUUGAUAUCACGCGCCCUUCUUAAAAACAGUUCAAGAGCCAAUUAGGAAAAUUGAAAAGGAUACGCAUUAAUAAGAGAAUUGCUGUGUGUUGAACGACUUUGACGAGGUCGCGAAGACUGACGGGAAGGCACAUAAAAAUAAAAGAAGGAAAGAAAGGAAGCAAGAAAGAAAGAAAAGAAAAAAAAAGUUUUGUCAAAUCAGAAUCAUGACACGAAGUCAAAAAUUCUUUCUUUGCGUUUAUGGUUAAGUGAUUCGUGACACCAAGUAAUAAAGAAGAUAAAUAAAAAAAAGAACCAACGAAAGAAUCUUCCCAAAUAAGGAAGGAAGUUAUGAUGCAUAGAAUGUGGGAGUAAGAAUAAAAUCGCGAACAUUUCAACCUUUAACUGUGAUUACCUUGAUAACAUCAAGCAAGGCAGGAAAAAAAGAAUAUUUGAAAGCAGUUAAGCGGUGUAUUUGAAAUCGCAUUUUCAAUAAGGAAAGGAUAAUGUGCAGGGAAUAUUAUUGUUAUAUCUGAUAUCAAGUGUUAUUUAGUGGCUUUUAAAUCGCAAUCAAAAUUUAUCGACGACAAGGGAGGGAGAAGACUCGUUUUUCUCAUUUUUUAACACUAAAAGUGUGGAGACGAGCCAGGAUUUUUUUAAUAAUCAAUGCCAUGAUUUUUACCUUCCUCCUGAUCAUAUCGAAUGGUGUUCUCAUAAGCAGUAUUCAAUCAAAUGAAGAACAUCCAAACGAAACCAACUCAUAUAUUCAAGAUAGAGACACGCCAAAAUUUGGUGAACCAAUCCAAAAUCAGACGAUAGCAGUGGGACGAGAAGCUGUUUUUAGUUGUGUAGUGGAUAAUUUACAAACCUAUAAAAUUGCGUGGCUGAAAGUCGACACUCAGACAAUUCUAUCAAUUCAAACACAUAUAAUUACCAAGAAUCAUCGAAUGACUGUAUCGCAUGUCGAGAAUCGUGCUUGGGUUCUUCGAAUCAAAGAAGUAAAAGAAUCUGACAAAGGAUGGUACAUGUGUCAAAUCAACACAGAUCCAAUGAAGAAUCAAGUUGGUUUUUUAAAUGUUGUGGUGCCUCCAGACAUUCUGGACUACCCCACAAGUACCGACAUGGUAGUUAGAGAAGGAAGCAAUGUAACACUAAAAUGCGCAGCUAGAGGCUCUCCAACACCAAAUAUCACGUGGCGUCGUGAAGGUAGUGAACCAAUCGCGUUAGCAGGAAACAAAGAAGUGACCAGCCAUAACGGAUCAAUACUCAGCAUAUCUCGUGUAAAUCGCUUGCAUAUGGGUGCAUACUUAUGUAUAGCUCAGAAUGGUAUACCGCCGAGUGUUUCGAAGAGGGUGAUGUUAAUAGUUCAUUUUCCUCCAAUGGUUUGGAUUCAAAAUCAACUUGUUGGAAGUGCAAUCGGACAAAAAAUCACGCUCGAAUGUCAAUCGGAAGCUCAUCCAAAGUCAAUUAAUUAUUGGAUGAAAAACGACACGAUCAUUACAAACGCCUCAUUGAAAGAAUUUAUUGACUUAGAAGCUCAACAAGUUCAAAAAUUAAUGUUUCGUCGAGCCAUUGACAAAACCCUUCGCAAUCUCUUAAAUAAAUCGAGAAUGUUUUAUCAUCGUUCAAGUGCUAUCUGCUUGAAAAAGCUCCUUGAGUAUCCUGAUGAGGGAAAACGCUACGAGCCAGUUAACAUAGACAACACUUACAAAGUUGUUAUGAAGCUUACCAUCAAUUCAGUGAGUCAAGGUGAUUUCGGUUCCUAUCGUUGUGUCAGUAAGAAUUCUCUUGGAGACACAGACGGCUCGAUUAAGCUUUAUCAUAUACCGCAAGCUACGAUGCAGACUACACUUCCGCCAACAACAACAACUACCACCAAAAUGAUAACAACAACAUCUGUCCACAGGAAUGAAAAUAUGAUUGAUAAAAUGUCGAAUUACAAAUCAAUCGAUGAUUAUUUAAUAUUGAAAAACGUUGGAGGAACUUCGGGUCAGAAUUGGAAUGCAGACAGCCGAGACAGGGAUCAUCGCCUGCAAAGUGAAAGCAUAGCAAGUACAGAAGUUCAAAAAAUGAAUGAACAUGAGAUAUCUUCUUCAACAAGUCUGCUGUCGUCAAAAACAUUAGCAUUAAUUUAUUCUCUUUAUUGUUAUCUUUAUAUUUAA